GUCCAGCCCGAGCUGGCCCGGGAGCUCCGCUGAGCCCGGGGGCGCGCGCCACCUCCGUGUCCGCGUCCCGGGCGCCCUUCGCGGGGAAGCGCCCUUAGUCCCCCGGCCCGCCGGGCCCCUCGAGCCACGAAGUGACUCACCAGAGAAGAUCAAGGUUUGAGCCUUCAAGUGCAAGCAACAGUUAGAGGGACAUCUUCCUCCAGAGUUGGACAAUGGCUGGAGAAGUCCCAGGAAUGACUGCCACCUUGGAUUCUUUGGCUCAGGCAACAGAAGAGGAGGAGGAGGAGGAGGAGGAAGAGGCCUCUACAAUGAUACUAGAAGAUGAGGAUUCCUCCUGGAAGCCUGGCUUCGCCCUGCAGGGGGACAGCUGUGACACUGAAUCCUUCCAUCAGAUUAAAAGUAAAGUUGAGUAUCAGGAGACUGCUGAGCCCAGGGAAUCUCUCAGCAGACUGAGGGAACUCUGUCAGCGCUGGUUAAGGCCAGAACUUCGUACAAAGGAGCAGAUGCUAGCACUGCUGCCUUCGGAGAUUCAGGCUUGGUUGAGGGAGCAUCGGCCAGAGAGCAGCAAGGAGGCGGUGGCUCUGGUGGAGGACUUGACCAAAACUCUUCGGGAGAGUGCUCUCUCUAUUGCACGUGUUCCAGCCUUUUCUGAAGAGGACAGUACUGAAGACCAAGUUAUAGAGGAUGCACUCCUUAUGGCCAGGGCUCAGGGGCCGGGGACAUUUAAUGAUGGGGAAGUUUCUCCUUCCCAAGAGGAGCAAGAAGGUCUAGAUGCUGUUUCGAAGAACCUCUGUAGUGGUGUGAUGCAGGAGAAUUAUGGGAAUGUCAUGUCACAUGAUUUUGAGAUCCAGAGUGAAAAUGAAGAGAAUUCAAAUCAAGAAAUGUUUGAAACAGUGGAAGAAAAUAUGUUAUCAGGAAGGCCUGAAGGGGAAGGCAUUCAGCAUUCUGCUUGGGGAAGUGACUUUGAGAGAGACUUUGGGUUAGAAAAGCCUCAGGGAAAUUCCCAAGUAGAGAAAUAUGGGGAAACUAUUUCACAGGACAGGGAAAUAGGACAAUUCAUAGGCCUUCAGGGUACCUAUUUAGGUGAGAAGCCCUAUGAAUGCCCUCAGUGUGGGAAAACCUUCAGUCGAAAAUCACAUCUUAUUACACAUGAGAGGACCCAUACAGGAGAGAAAUACUAUAAAUGUGAUGAAUGUGGAAAAAGCUUUAGUGAUGGCUCAAACUUUAGUAGACACCAAACAACUCAUACUGGGGAGAAACCUUAUAAAUGCAGAGAUUGUGGGAAAAGCUUUAGCCGGAGUGCAAACCUAAUAACACACCAGAGAAUCCACACAGGGGAAAAACCCUUCCAGUGUGCUGAGUGUGGGAAAAGUUUCAGCAGAAGUCCCAACCUCAUUGCUCAUCAGCGAACCCACACAGGAGAAAAACCAUAUUCAUGCCUGGAGUGUGGAAAGAGCUUUGGUAACCGUUCUAGCCUUAAUACACACCAGGGAAUUCACACUGGAGAGAAACCCUAUGAAUGUAAAGAGUGUGGUGAAAGCUUUAGUUACAACUCUAACUUAAUUAGGCACCAGAGAAUCCACACAGGAGAGAAACCAUAUAAAUGUACUGACUGUGGACAAAGAUUCAGUCAGAGCUCAGCCCUUAUUACACACCGAAGAACUCAUACAGGAGAAAAGCCCUAUCAGUGCAACGAAUGUGGAAAAAGCUUUAGCCGGAGCUCAAAUCUGGCAACACACCGAAGAACCCACAUGGUGGAGAAGCCCUAUAAAUGUGGUGAGUGUGGGAAAAGUUUCAGCCAGAGUUCUAGUUUGAUUGCCCAUCAAGGAAUGCACACAGGAGAGAAACCCUAUGAAUGUCUGACAUGUGGGGAAAGCUUUAGCUGGAGUUCCAACCUUAUUAAACACCAGAGAAUCCACACAGGAGAGAAGCCCUAUAAGUGCUCUGAGUGUGGGAAAUGUUUCAGCCAGCGAUCACAACUUGUGGUCCAUCAGAGAACUCACACAGGAGAGAAGCCAUAUAAAUGCCUCAUGUGUGGAAAAAGCUUCAGCCGGGGAUCAAUCCUUGUCAUGCAUCAGAGAGCUCAUCUAGGGGACAAACCUUAUAGAUGUCCCGAAUGUGGGAAAGGCUUUAGUUGGAAUUCUGUUCUUAUCAUACAUCAAAGAAUACACACAGGAGAAAGGCCCUACAAGUGUCCAGAAUGUGGGAAAGGCUUUAGUAAUAGUUCCAACUUUAUUACACAUCAGAGAACUCACAUGAAAGAGAAGCUCUAUUGAUGUAGCAAAUAUGGGAAAAGUUUGCUGUCAGGAAACUGAUAGAGGAAAGCCACAAGCAUCCUAAAGGCAGUAGUUUUACCAAAAAAAAUGUAUCUAACAUCCCAUUGAGAGGUCUACUCACUUUAAAGUUCUAUAGAACUUUUUGCCAAAAUUUUAACAUUGCUCAUCCUGGUAUUUGCCACCUUGUAGUUUGAAGAGCUCAAAAGAAACAAGACAGGAAAGUCAGGCAAUAUGGAUCAUGUAUCUGGUUCUGCCAGCAAUUCACUGCUUAAAUCCCUGUCUGCUUCCUUGUGCCUAAGAUUUUCCCCUUGAUAAAAUAGGGAGACUAUUUCCACUUGUGAGGAAAAAAACAUCUGCAAAAUGGGUCAGAUUGCUCAGAAAAAGGCCAGAGGUUCAAAUGAAUGAUUUUUCUUUCUCCCAGGUUAGUUGUUGCUAUGGUGCCUUCAUUCCAUUCUGUUGUGUUGCCACUAUAUAUUUUCUUCUUGGAUUAAGUAUAUUAGGCUAUGCUUCUAAGAUCAAAGAUCUUAGAUAGGGCAAUACCAUCUUGUAAUGAAAAGAGGAGGAAUAGAUAGCCCUUUUUGUUUCUGUAAUAUGUCAGGAGCACAGAGAAAGCUGCAACUGAAAACCAAGCUGCAAUGCACUGAAAGGGGCUGGGCCUCCCAGAUCUAGAAAUUUAUGAACUGAACUGAAUUUAACAGUUGUCCAUUAAGCUAAUCAUGUAGUAGCCUUGCCAGAGUAAGAAAGCUACAUUGGGGAAAUAGCAUUUGUUGUUGAGAAUAUUUAUCUCCAGGGGUAGAGGCCCAGUUGAGACCUGGUAAAUUCUACUAUUGGUGGUUAAUGAUUUUCUUCCUCAUAUAGUGGGAGACAGUUGAUACUUCCCUCACUGCUGAAGGAAAUUUUUUUUCUCACUUAACCCUACACAGAUUGUAGCCCUAUAAUCAUUUUAUAGUAACUCAUUCUAUGCACUUGUAUUUCCCUAUAGGUUAUUUCUCUUGUAUAUCCAGCUCUAGCAGUCUAUCAAGUAGUAUAUUGCAUACUAAAAACUUAUUUCUAAGGAAGUACUGGUGUUCAUGUCAUCUGGUCUGAGUCUUAGACCCUUGUGGGAGGUCAUUCUAUGGCUUGUCCUCAUUUCUGUUUGACACUGCUAUGGCUUUGUGCCUGUGGUCCCUGAUUCUUUCAGCAGUGAAGACAGUGGGAGAACAGCUGAAGGGGGUUAUUAGUGGGGCAGAGGACAGGCAGAGAAAGUGUUUCUGGGAAUUAAGUGUUUCUCCUCCCUCUGUCCAUGGAACCUAGACUCAAAAUGAAUCUUUAGGUCCCAUGGUCCUUCAUUCUUUUAAUAAAAUAUUCCUGUCCCUCUGCUGA